AUGACUUCUGAUUCGUCCCGGGAAGAGAAUGUGUACAUGGCCAAGUUAGCCGAGCAGGCUGAGCGUUACGAGGAGAUGGUUGAGUUCAUGGAGAAAGUUGCGAAGACCGUCGACACCGAGGAGCUCACCGUGGAAGAGAGGAACCUCUUGUCUGUUGCCUACAAGAACGUGAUUGGUGCUAGGAGGGCUUCGUGGAGGAUCAUCUCCUCCAUUGAGCAGAAGGAAGACAGCAGGGGAAACAGCGAUCACGUUUCGAUCAUCAAGGACUACAGAGGCAAGAUUGAAACCGAGCUCAACAAGAUUUGCGGCGGCAUUUUGAACCUUCUCGACUCUCACCUCGUUCCUGCUGCGUCUAUGGCUGAGUCCAAAGUCUUCUACCUCAAAAUGAAGGGAGACUAUCAUCGUUACCUCGCUGAGUUCAAGACUGGAGCUGAGAGGAAAGAAUCUGCUGAGAGCACUCUUGUUGCCUACAAGUCAGCUCAGGAUAUUGCUCUUGCGGAGCUGGCUCCCACUCACCCGAUCAGGCUAGGACUUGCUCUGAACUUCUCUGUUUUCUACUACGAGAUUCUCAACUCAUCUGAUCGUGCGUGCAAUCUCGCUAAGCAGGCUUUCGAUGAGGCAAUCUCUGAGCUAGACACAUUGGGAGAGGAAUCAUACAAGGACAGUACAUUGAUCAUGCAGCUUCUCCGUGACAAUCUCACCCUCUGGACUUCUGACCUCAAUGACGAAGCUGGUGAUGAUAUCAAGGAAGCCCCGAAAGAGGUGCAGAAAGAUGAGGAACAAGCCCAACCACCACCACCGUCGCAGUGA